CUCGGUGGAUGGAACCAGCGCACUGAGCAUCAGCUGACGAGAUAAAGCAAACAAACAUGGUGAAGAUAUCUUUCCAGACAGUUUCGGCGCAGAAGCCUGAAAAAGAGAUCGAUGAAGACAAGAUCAUUAUACCCCAGGCUCACGGGCAGCUGGUUCUUCCCGUCAGGCACAAGAAGCCGUUUCCAACCGGCCUGUGCUGCCUCACCUUCGGCCUGGUGGUCUUCAUGUCAGGGCUGGUGCUGUCCUCCAUCUACGUCUAUCGCUACUACUUCAUACCUCAGCAGAUCCCAGAAGACAGCUUGUUCCACUGCCGGGUGGUCUACGAGGACUCGGUGUACGCUCCUCUGAGGGGGCGACAGGAACUGGAGGAGAACGUUGGCAUCUACUUUGACGACAACUACGAGCAGAUCAGUGUCCCCGUGCCGCACUUUGGAGGCAGCGACCCCGCCGACAUCAUCCACGACUUCCAGAGGGGCCUCACGGCUUAUUACGACAUCGCCCUGGACAAAUGCUACAUCACGGAGCUCAACACAACCCUGGUGAUGCCUCCACGCAGCCUGUGGGAGCUGCUCGUCAACGUCAAGAGAGGGACGUACCUUCCUCAGACUUACAUCAUCCAGGAGGAGAUGAUGGUGACCGGGAGGGUGAGGAACAUGAGGCAGCUGGGCCCCUUCAUCCACAGACUCUGCUAUGGCAAAGAAACCUACCGCCUGAGGCGCCGCAGUCAGCACAGACGUAUUGAGAGGCGCGAUGCGAAGAGGUGCCACAGCAUUCGCCACUUCGAGAACACCUUUGUGGUUGAGACCGUCAUCUGCGACCGGUUCUGAAUCUGAAGGGGGAAAUAACAGCCCUCCAACUCUGAAGCCAUACCUCUUGAAUUCUUUAGGCUUGUACCUGCACUUUAAGAGCAAGUGUUUGUCCAACAGUUUGACUUUCUGUGUUUUUGUCUCGAGUUUGGAAAUGCUUUUUUUUUAUCGUCCAACGUCUUUUUAUAUUCACGGUCUGUGUCCUCGGAUGACGUCAUACACGUGUUAGGAUAUAUCUGUAGCUUGUCGAGCGGUAUACGAUGUUAAUGUGUGUCAGUUUGUUACAUCAGACUAAGACAUGAUGGGAUUUAUUUUAGGAAUGUCCUUAUUGUUAUCUGGUAACCCAGUGCACUGUGGGUAAUGGAACGGAUAUAUUGAAGCUGCUUGCAUGGUGCACUCAUGUUAAUAUCGGUUUCUUUCUUUCUUUGUCGUUUUUUGUUUUGAAUGUCAUGAAAAGGCGAAACAUACCUCAUGUACAUUAGACGUUUCUUUGCUGGUUUGUAUCAUUAGUGAAGGAUGUAUAUAACUUUGAUUGUUCCUAAGCAAUAUAUAUAUAUACUGUACAUUGAUUUUCUUCUGGAGCUCAUAUACAUGCAUAGACUUUUAUCUGAAAUCCACUUGUUUUGUCUCUUUAUUUAUUCCUUUGGUAUCACACUUGACUACUCCGUGGAUAUAAUGGCUUUAGACUGUAAUUAGUAGCAGUGCUUCAGAGGGACAGAAGGAACCAAAGUCUGCUGUCAGAGAUGCUUCGUGUUAAGGAUAUAUGAAAUAUUUAGAAAGAGUGCUUUUUUGUCUAGAUCACUUACUGUAGAUGAUAUCGAAGGCUAAAGCGUUGUCCUGCUCUUCCUCCUCUUAACUUGGAUUGUGCCUGUUGUCUCCAGUCCGUCCUUUUCUGGCAUUCUGAUCUCUACAAUGUAAAACUUGGAGCGAAUAAGCCGGGACAUGUGCUCCUAUUUCACUUUCCUGGAUACUUUUAUUUCACUGUACAGUCGAUUCUUCUUGUAAUAUCUUUGCUGCUUUACGAAUAAAUUAUCAAACUUU